AUCACUUAGCAGUUUAGCUCUCAGACAGACUCCUGACACCAUGGCCUGCUGCUCCACCAGCUUCUGCGGAUUCCCCAGCUGCUCCACCAGUGGGAACUGUGGCGCCAGCUGCUGCCGCCCCAACUGCUGCCAGACCGGCUGCUGCCAGCCCAGCGGCUGCCAGGAUAGCUGCUCCCAGCCCAGCUGCUGCCAGACCGGCUUCUGCGGAUUCCCCAGCUGCUCCACCAGUGGGAACUGUGGCUCCAGCUGCUGCCAGCCCAGCUGCUGUGAGUCCAGCUGUGGCAUUGGGGGCGGCAUUGGAGGCGGCUUUGGCCAGGAGGGUGGCUUCGGAGCCAUGAGCUACCGCAUCAGGUGGUGCCGCCCAGACUGCCGCGUGGAGGGCACUUUCCUGCCACCCUGCUGCGUGGUGAGCUGCACACCCCCCACCUGCUGCCAGCUGCACCAUGCCCAGGCCUCCUGCUGCCGCCCAUCCUACUGUGGACAGUCCUGCUGCCGCCCAGCCUGCUGCUGCUACAGCUGCCCACCACCCUCCUGCUGUGAGCCCACCUGUUAAGAGCCAGCCUGCUGAUUUUUGAUUGCCCAGGAUGCAGCAUCUCUGAACUAUUCAUCCUCUUGACCAUCCCUGAACCACUAAGAUGUUCUUAGACCUCUAUUUCAUUUUCUCUUGUGUGGGCUAUCAAGGGUCUGAGAAUCACCAUUCUGAUUCCAUUCUAUAAUGAAUACAGCGAUCUUCACUGUGGACAGAAAAAUGCUGUGAACCCAUCUUCAGUUCAUCAAAUUACAUGAUGAUAUUUCUGAUCCUCUUGCAAAACUGAAAACUACCACCGUAUUCUGGAAUUUUUCCUUGAGAACUGUCUACAAUGCUUAUUUUCCCACCUUGCUUUAUGAUCUCUAUUUAUCUUGUUUGCCUGCAAUUAUUUUAUAAUGCCAAGGCACCAGAGUAUAGCCAAGAGACAUUCCUAAGAUGUCAUCAGAGAGAAAGGAAGGUCUUCACCCAACAUCCAGCUUCUAAGAAGUCAGCUGAACCUUUCUACAGUUCAGCAUGAGACCUCCCCCUUGUUUUUUGGAUCAUAAUGAUCUUGCCUGUUGGCUAUUUCAAUUAUAUCUGUGGCACUGUGUCUUCUGAUGUUUCUUAAUAAAGGUUAUAUACUGGGCAAAGAAA